UGCAACAAAAGAUUAAAACUCAAGUGAUUAAAACAUAAACGUACCUGCCAAAAGUAAACAAAAUUGAAAAACAACAAAGAGAUCUUAAAGAGCCGACAAAAUGUUGAAAUACCCAACGAAUUCUUAGAAAAGUGAAUCAAACCAAUCAAAUGGAGUUUCUGUCCAAGAACUUGUGUUUUUCUUUAUUAUUUUUGAACAAUUUUGUUUUGUUUUCGUUCCGGUUAACGUUCAGCGUUCUGUUCAAACACAAAAAUGUUGCUGACAAUGCGGCGACAGAAUGAAUUGAUAGGCAGUCAGCAGCAUCCAGGUACAGCAUCGGUGGGCGAACAUCCGCCUGUAGCGACAUCGUCAUCGGCCACCACACAUGGCGGCACACCCUCGCCACCAGUCACAGGAGCAGCAGCAGGAACGUCCUUCGGAUUGAAUGGUCAAGGUCUCAGCUUAGUGCCGCCCUCCAGCUCCCAGCAGGAUUCUCUCAAUACGCCCACAACCCCUUUGCUGGGCCUGAGCCGUAAUCCUCUACAGUUUGCCGCCCCACCGGCACCACCGCCCAUUGCCGUGCAGCAGGGCGCUGCAGUUGCAGCUGCACCCACGGCCUGCAGUCCGGCCUUUGGCUACUACCAUCAACCCCCGGGCCCGAGUGGAGGUGGAGCCACGGCCACCAUCGGCCCGGCAUAUCUGCAACAGCAUCAUCCCCCGGGGCUGGCAAAGGGCGACUCGGGACCCACUGAGCCCCAGCACUCGGUAGAAUUGGACGAGUACGUGGACAUAUUGCAGGUGCAACAACUGCUCUUGGACUCGUCGGCGGCCGCCGCAGCGGCAGCAGCAAAUCAAAAUCCCCCGAAUCCCACGCCAACAGAACAGCAGCAGCAGCAACAAAUUGUGGCAAAGCCACGACCACGCAUCAAUCUACAAAAGGCCACGGAAUACGCGGCCCACAUAGCCCAAGCCGAAUCCUCAUCGCCUGGCACGCGUCGUGUCCUGCUUGAUUAUCCCAAUCCAUAUUUGUACGGCAAUCCAUAUCAUCAUCAUACGCCGCCAAGCGAGGACCUAGUGGCCCUUUGGUUUGGCAGCAAUGGCACAGGCGGCGUAGCCCCUGGAACUCCAUCAGCGGCCAUGAUCAUGGAAGGGCUUGAAACCCUGGUGACGCCAACCCAUCACUGCUCAUUCCUGCUCACCGAAUCGGCCGCUGCGGCCCAUUUUAAUGUCUUGAGCUUCGACACGUGCCUCUACAAGACGACCACUGCCGCCCAGAGUAGCAGUCCAUCGGCAGGUGGUGCGGGCACUGCCUCAGCCUCGUAUCUGAGUCCGGCCCAGUUUGGACAGACCUCGGCAGCGGCCUCCACAUCAUCAUCAUCGUCAUCGUCGUCGUCGUCGCUGUUGCAGCACUAUACCACAGCUUCGGCGGCGGCUGUUGCAGCUGCAGCUGCCCAUCAUCAUCAUCAACAGCAGCAGCACAACAACAGCAGUCCCAACAAUUCCGUUCUACGGGCUCGCAAUCAAACGGCCACACCCACGCAGGGCGGCAGUCCCAGCAACGUGGCCGUGCAACCGAGUGCCACGGCCAGCAGUGGUCGCAACUCGGCCUCGCAUCUGAGCCUGCUGAAUACCAGCCAACACGGCGGCAGUCCUGUCACAGCCACCACGGGCGAUCACACGGAGGGGCACAAGCAUCUGAUCGAGGCACUGCCGGGCGAUCUGAACACCCCGGUGACCACAUCCAGCGAUAUACCCUCGUUCUUCGGGCCAUCCACAGUGGCGGAGCCACCUCCAAUAACCGGCUCUAUUGCUUCAGAGGAUCUCUCGCUGGAACCUCAAGUGGCGCUAUCGGUGGGGAGUCCUGUUUUAUCAUCCGUUUGUAGUCCGUUGAAGGAGGAGCGUAGUACGCCGCCAGCAUUGACUAUCGUUAAGGAAGAAUCAAGUAAUAAUAGUUGUAAUAUGUAUCCACAACACAACAACAACAACAACACAUCAUCCGCAACAACAACAACUACAACAAAACAGACAACAAGCGAAAGCAACAACAACAACCACACAACAACAGAGAGCGUUGAUUCGCCAGUUAACACUCAACAACACCAACAACAACAACAACAGCUGCAUCAUAGCAACAACAACAACUCUCACCAACAACAACAACAACAGCCACAACACAGCAGCUCCCCGCCGCAGCAUCAGCAACAUCAAUUCCAACAACAACACCAAAUAUUACACCAACAACAAAAUCAACAACCACAACAACAAUUGCCACAUCAUCACCACCACCACCACCAUCAUCAUCAUCAUAAUAGUCAUCUACAGCAACAACAACAAACUCAACAACAACACCAACAAUCUCAACAACAGCUGCAACAACAGCAACACCAACAUCAACAGCUGCAACACCAACAACAACAGCAACUCCAACAACACCAACACUUUCAACAACAAGUACAACAACAACAACAAACUGGCAAAAUCUCAUAUCGUGGCAUUUUCACCACAACAGGAAACGCAAUGAAUGCCGCAGCAGCAGCCGCGGCUGCCCAACAGCAGCAGCAGCAGCAUCAGGCGCAACAGCAGCAACAACAACAACAGCAACUUCCUUCCCCACAAUUGAGUGUCCUACCCGGACAGAUGUCGCCGCCAUCAAAUAGUUUGGGCAACAGUUGGGGCCUCCCCUCGCCGGACAAGUCGCUCUUCCAGCCACCGAUGUUCGCACACUACGCCACCAUGCAACAGCAGCAGCAACAACAGCAGCAGCAGCAACAGCAACAAGCUGCCGGUGCCACACCCUCGCCAUACGAUGAUGGACGGGCAGCGGCAGCAGCAGCCGCCGCCCAGCAUGCGGAACUCCUGGGCUUGUCCAUGGAUUGCGCACCGUUGCUGCUGAAGCAACCGCCGCCCACAUAUGCGGGUCCCUCGGUGUCCACGGCGGGGUUCGCCAGCCUGGCUGAGCUCCAGAGCAGCCACGACCAGCUGCAACAGCAGCAGCAGCAGUAUGCCGUGCGCUCACAGCUCUCGAGCGUGUCUACGCCGAAAUAUCAAUGGCUGGACUCUCCGGCGGACUAUGCGCCACAGCAGCAGGUGCAGCAAGUGCAACAGGUGCAGCAACAGCAACAGAAUCUUGUCCUGCCGGGGCCCACAUCCUCGGCCAGCUCCAGCAAUGCCGCCCUGGGUGUGCUCAUCCCCAAGCAGGAGACCUAUCCCGACAUGCAGCCCAAUUCCAAUGGAACGGGCUACUCUGGGGCCUCCGGUGGAUCAGCAGCUGCAGCUGCUGCCGCCGCCGCCGCCGCAGCGGCUGCUGCCGUGCAACUGGCCGAAUAUAGUCCCUCCACCAGCAAGGGCCAUGAGAUACUGUCCCAGGUCUAUCAGCAGAGCACUGUGCCGCUUAAACUGGUGCCCGUCAAGCCGCGCAAGUAUCCGAAUCGGCCGAGCAAGACGCCCGUCCAUGAGCGUCCCUAUGCCUGUCCCGUGGAGAACUGCGACCGGAGGUUCUCGCGCUCGGACGAGCUCACCCGCCACAUACGCAUCCAUACGGGCCAGAAGCCCUUCCAGUGCCGCAUCUGUAUGAGGAGCUUCAGCCGCAGCGAUCACCUCACCACCCACAUACGGACCCACACGGGCGAGAAACCAUUCAGCUGCGACAUUUGUGGCAGAAAAUUCGCCCGCUCCGACGAGAAGAAGCGCCACGCCAAGGUCCAUCUCAAGCAGCGUAUCAAGAAGGAGUCCAAGUCACGGGGCGAACAGCAGUCACAACAGCAACAGCAGCAGCAGCAGCAACAGCAGCAAACACAGCUCCAACAGCAACAGCAACAACAACAUCUCCACCAGCAGCAAUAUCAGCAUCCGCAUCAUCAUCUGUUGCAUGCCGCCGAUCUGGCGAUUGUCACCUCAAGUGCGAGCAUGUAGAGUCUAGAGAAUUCAGCAUCAUCCAUUGAUCCGAAGCCACCAGCCGCCGGCUCGGGGAAUCUACAGUCCCUGCAGCAGCCCCAUCUCGAUCUAUCGCUGGCCAUCAAUGAGAGUGGAUUCCCGUUUGAGUUGACCUCCGAUUAUGGCACCAUAUCGCCGCUAUCGAGCCCCCUGAAAUUCAAUCAUCUGUGGGCCAAUCACGAGUACUACAAGGACAAUCCAUCCUCUGAGAUCUGAUCAAUCAAUCAAUCGCUGAUACUGAUGCUGAAUAAUCUUACUAGUUUGUAGUUGUAAUCCAGGGGUUGUGCUAGAUGGAGAAAUCAAUUUUCAAGACAUUAAAUCUUAAAGAAAAACCAUAUGCUACGAUAAAACAUACGAUAGUUAAUAUAUAUCACACAUCAAUGGAAAAAAAACACACACACAGAUUUACUAACCAUACAAAAAAAACACACACACAAAAUGCUGUUGAAAGUGAUCGAAAGUUAUCGAUAUCGAUCAAAAUAUCGAAAUUACAAAAACGUGGUGAUCGAAAAAAUAAUGAUUUCGGUCGAAAUGUUAUCGAAUAUUAUUUAUUCGAUGGAUUGAUGAUGAAAAAGUGAUCGAUAAAUUAUCGAAAAUAAUCGAAUUGAUGAAUAAACAUAUAAAAAAUAAUACAAAAUAUAAAAUAUACAAAAAAAAAUGGGAAAAUAUUUAACUUAUGUCUCUAAUACUGUGAUCUCAUGUGUAAUAAUUAUUAAUUUUAAUUUCCUUACAUAACUAAAAAAAAAAAAACAAAAAACAAAAA